GGAAGAAGGCAGACCCAGCUUAAUCUAUCCAAGCUAAGAUAUUUAUUAAAACGAUUUUAACUGGAAAUGUCCAUGAUUAUUCAUAUUAAUCAUUUGAAGGCAGUCUGGUUCAGUUUAUCUUAGUGUUUACUGGCCACAAGAGUUUCAGUUUAGGAUGGAGAAUGGUGGGGAAGAUGGAGGAAAGCAGGAGAGGGAGACGGAGGGUCUUCCAGUGGAAGCAGAGGGGGCUGCAGAGGGUUCAGGCCCAGUUUCACAAACUCACACUGAAGCCAGCGGUUCAGAGACAUCUCCCCUCACACACACUCACUCAGCGCAGGACAGCAGUACCCUGCCUGAUCCUCCACCGUCAUCUCUGCACCUCACAUUGGCCAAUUCCACAACGGCUCUCAUAAGUGGCGAGAGAGACGAGAGAAGCAUGAUGAUGCAGAGUGAGGAUGAAGAAGAAGAAGAUGACGAUAAAGAUCUUAUCGUAUUGGACCCUGAGCAUCCACUGAUGAAGAGAUUCCAGUCUGCCCUGGAAAAACACCUCACAGACCAGCUGAAGAGACUUGAUCACGAGUUCCGGGAGAAGGAGGCGCAGGAGAAAGCAAAGCGUAGCCAGAAAGAGAGUCUGGCUGUAGAGCUGCACUCUGCGCAGCAGGGACUGGCUAAAAUGCAGGCAGCUCUGGAAGUCCGUCGUGAUGCCAGUGCCCAGGCCAGUGCCUGGAGGAGAGAUGCCCAGGAGCAGCUGGAGGAUACCAGGAACCAGUACAGUACAGUAGCAGAACAAACCAGCAAACAGCGCGCAGAGGUAUCAGAGCUGCAGUCGGAGGAAGACAAGCUGGCUCAAAAUCUGCUGUACAUGCAGGACGUGACGUCUGAUCUUCGGUCUGAUAUUACUGUCAUGAAGAACGCAACCCGCAAAGCACAGUCAGAGAAACUGCAAGCUGAACAGCAAAAGCAAAAGCAGGACCUGUAUGUGGAGCGUUUGGUGAAGCAGGAGGAGAAGCUAAAGGAGCAGAUCAAUCUGUAUGAGGUCCAGACACUCGCACAGGCUGAGGAGACGCAGGCGGCUAAAGACGCCCUAGCUGAGGCUCAGUUGGGCAUGGACUCUCUGGCAGUGGAGCGUAAGCAGUUGCUGCAGCAGUGGAACAGCAGCCUGAUGGAAACGAACAAGAGAGACGAGGCUUUCACUGCCAUGCAGGAGGCACUGAGACAAGCCAAUCUGCAGAUGCGUGCCCUGGAUACGGAGGCAGAGGGCUAUAAGCGGUUGAUCGUGAAAGAGCAAGAGCAGAACGAGCUGUUGACCAUCCGGCUAAACCGUGCACAGCUCAACAGUGCCACGUGCCGCAAACUCAUCACGCAUUCAAGCAGCCAACAGGAGGCUCUGCAGGUCAUGUACAGCACAUGCUCACGCACACUGCAGGAGACCGAGAAGAGCCUGAACAGAGUGACUGCGGAGUACAGCACAUGUCAGUCUGAGUUGGCUGUUCUGAGGAAGCGGUUGGCGGAGGCAUUGUCAGUGCGUUUGGAUCUGGAAGAGAAGAUUAUGAAGAAGAUGCAGGAGCAGCUCACUCAUGAUAAUGCAGCAAAAUACUCAAAACAGCUCAGCAACAAGACAGCCUCUCACCAGAGAGAGAGGGAGGCCCAACAUUCUAAGCUGGAAAGUGAACUGGCGGCAGUAACACUGGAGGUCAACCAAUUGACACUGCGUUUGGAGGCAUUGGCCGGCCUGCAGGCUGAUUUGGAAAAGGAAAUAUGUCAUCGGCAUCAACUGCUGACCGCCAGAGAGGCUGAGGCGGCCAAAUAUGUCAUCGCCAUUGAGCGCAAGCAGGCCACAAUCAAUGAGUACAACAAGAAGAUCCAGCAGAUUGUAGCAAGCACUGGGCUUGAAGACCUGAGCCCUCUGGAGAUUCAGGUCAGCAACCUGAACGAGCAGCUGAAGGAGGUGGGAGCGGAGACUAAAGAGAAGCAGCGGAUCCUUCUGUGGCAACAAGGGGAGCUAGUGAAACUAAGUCAGGAAAGACAAGCCCAGAACAGUGCAGUACUUACCUUGCACACACAACUCACUAUACUACAGCAGAAGAAGAUCAAGAUAGAGAGUAAGGUUAAGCAGGAGCAGCGUGGUUUAGCUGAGUUGGAGCGAUUCUCUAAAUCUUUGAGGCUGGACAUGCAGAAACUGCAGUCGCUGGUGAAUCAAAACUCACAGCUGAGCCAAGAAUUGCAGCAGAGCCUCAUCCUUACGGAGAAAAGCUUUAUACACGAGCUAAAGGACGCAGAGAGAGAGUCUGUGGGGAUGCAGCUACAUUGGGAGAAGCUCCAGGAGGAGAAGGAGAGACUGCUUAACAGCCUGAUGGAGGCAGAGCGUCAGAUUUUGCUGUGGGAGAAGAAAAUUCAGCUGGUUCGUGAGACCCGCUCCACUGUGGACACGGAGGUUGGGAAGGGAGACAUUUGCACCAUGAAGGCGGAGAUACACCGCAUGGAGUUGCGUUAUGGAAAGCUGUCAAAGCAGAAGGAACAGCUGAUGAGGGAGAUGGAGGCGGCGGUGGCCAGACGGGAGAGUAUCGUCGUUCGCAUUGAGGCUCAGGGCCGCAGUGACCGAAAACAACCCACACACUCCAGCCUCCAUCACACGCUGCAGGGCCUGCGCCGCAGCAUCCUGCACACACACAAGCAAGCGGAGGAGUGUGAUGGUGUGAUUCCGGAGCUGCAGUAUGAGAAGAAUUCUCUGAUUGAGAGUCUGAGGGAGAAACAGCUACACAUCAGUGCCAUUCACAACACCUGCACUUCCCUCAGCACUAAGCUACAGGACCUACAGGAGACCAGAGAAGGCAACCUGACUCGGCUUCUGGCUCUGCAGUCCCGGGCAAAGCAUCUGCAGGCGGUAAAGGAGGGUCGCUAUAGUGCCACAGCGAGCGGAGAGGCUGCGCUGGAACAGGCUAUGCAGAAACAGCAUGAACGACUGCAUUCGGUUAGUGGCAUUCUGCGGCGUGCUAUGCAGGACUUUCCACAACAGAGGAGCACCCUCCAAAAGAUACACCUGGUUCUGUCUUCCCGCAGGCAAAGAGAAGACUCUUCCUCAACCUAAAUCUUCUUCAGCUCUAAUUGCUUUAACUUACAACACAAUUGUGAUUAAUAUGCUGUGUAUUAUGACUGUGGAAUGUAAUAUAUAU